UCCUCCAUGGUAAAACUCUGACAUCAUGUAUGAGCACUUUUCUGCUGACUACGAUGAUGUCUUCAAGGCUGCUGAAUUUAAGAAUCUUGACGAUGUUGAGAGCUUUGGACGGCGAUUCCGAAAGGUGUCCCUACAGCUUCAGGACAAUGAGUGCAAUAAGGUUGUGGGGCGCAUGACAAUUUGUGCUUCUCAUGCCUUUGCAGGGGAUGAUCUUUGCUUCUACGACGCCAUUGUGAAAAAGGUACAACAUAAAGAGCACUCAUUUGAGAGUGGAGAGGAGGAAUGCUUGUGCAACUUCAUUUUAAACUGGCAACAUGGUCCCAAUGUUGGGAACCUGACAUCUGCUACAGUAGAAAACAUAUGCUUGAUCCAACAUACUACCGGUAUUGAUCCGAAGGUGGCCUCUUUCCUGAAGAAAUCAAGGGACAAAAUUGAGAUGGCCUACAUUAUAACUCAACUUCCCAAGGUGGGGAUGGAGCCAAAGCACAAGGAAUAUAGCCAUGAGAUGUACAGCACUUCAUCUAUUAAUUUGUUUGUAGCAUAUGUUAUUGUCUUGCCUCAUCUGUGUUUGUAGGAAACAAAUUUUGAUAGGCAUCUUUCCAUUCAAUUCUUUGUGUUGGGUAAUGAUUGGGACUGGAACACCCCUCAUUGGGCUUGAGGAAAUCAUCCAUGAUAAUGUUUUCAUGGUUUUAGAUUUUAACAAUUGCUUCCAAUGUAUCACCGGUCUCUCAUUUUAGAUAUUGUUUAUUAAGUUUCAAAAUGGAAACUGUAAUUUUAAAUAUGAUGACUCGUAAGUCUCAGUA